AUGACGACCAGAUACAGAGUAGAGUAUGCUCUGAAGACUCACAGGAGAGAUCAAUUCAUCGAAUGGAUCAAAGGGCUCCUCGCCGUCCCCUUCGUCCUCUACUCUCAACCCACCGGAGUAUUCGACACAAACACAACAAACGUGGACCGCAUGCGCGAAGAAGCUCACCGCCGCUACGCCGAGAUCUUCCGUGACGUCGAGCACAUGAUUGACGACCACAUCGGCCGCCAAAACGAGACAAACAACCUCCCCUCGAAACUAAAGAUGCUUGUCCCCAGCGCGGGGCCCUUCUUCACCCGCCUGCCCCUCGAGGCGGCCUUCAACCACAUGGAUAGCAAGCGGUAUAUCUCCUCGCGCCGCUACGUCUCGCCCUCGUUCAACGACGUCCGUCUCAUCCUCAACUCGGCCCAGAUCAUGGCCGUCACGGCUGGGUCGCUGCAGCUCGUCACCUUCGAUGGUGAUGUCACGCUCUACGACGACGGCGAGAACCUGGAACCCUCCAGCCCCGUCAUCCCCCGUCUCCUCGACCUCCUCCGCAAAGACAUCAAAAUCGGCAUCGUGACAGCCGCGGGCUACACCACCGCAGACCGCUACUACGCCCGCCUCCACGGCCUCCUCGACGCCAUCGCCGCCUCGGAAACCCUCACCCCAACCCAAAAAGAAUCCAUCGUCAUCAUGGGCGGCGAGGCCAACUACCUCUUCGAGUACUCCGCCGCCUCCCCGCACCGCCUCGCCCCCGUGCCGCGCGACCGCUGGCUGACGCCCGAGAUGGCCGCCUGGUCCGCCGACUCCAUCGCCGCGCUCCUCGACGUCGCCGAGGCCGCGCUGCAGGACUGCGUCAAAACCCUCAACCUACCCGCCACCAUCCUCCGCAAGGACCGCGCCGUCGGCAUCAUCCCCACCGACCCCGCGCUGCGCAUCCCCCGCGAGUCGCUCGAGGAGACGGUCCUCGUCGUGCAGAAGAUCCUCGAGCUCUCGGCGCUCGGCAGCCCCAACGCGCAGGCGGAGGCGGGGGAGCAGCACGGCGGCGCGGGGCGUCCUGGCGUGCCGUUCUGCGCGUUCAACGGCGGCCGCGACGUGUUUGUGGAUAUCGGCGACAAGUCGUGGGGCGUGACGGUGUGUCAGCGGUGGUUCGCCGCCAAGGCCGGGCAGGCGGACAGGCCCAUCGCCGGGGAGAACACGCUGCACAUUGGCGAUCAGUUCUUGAGCGCCGGCAGCAACGAUUUCAAGGCGCGGUCUGUGGGAACGACGGCGUGGAUUGCGUCGCCGGCUGAGACGACGGAGUUGCUUGACGAUCUGAACGAGCGGGUUUAG